AUGAAUGGAAGUUACGAAAACUCAAGAAAACGGCAGGGAAAGGUACUUUUAAGAGCAGUCACACCGAAAUCGGAGCACAGUAAGCUGUGGGCAAAGGCAAAAAGAGUUUUAAAAACCAUAAAAUUUGUCAACAAAAAAGGAAGGGAAAGUAGUGUACCAUCAGUAACUAACUGGAUUCGUACUAUAGAAAAUAUAGAAUUACUAAAAAACAGGCAUGAUUCAUUGUUUGACGGCACACUGGGGCGAUAUACGGGGCCGGAGGUGCAGUUGCAUUUGCGCGAGGGUGCUUCGCCGGUGUUUUGCCGCGCCCGACCAGUGCCGUAUGCGCUGCGCGCGCGCGUCGAAGCGGAACUGGAUGCAAUGCUGCGUGCCGGCGUCAUCGAGCCCGUGGCGCGCUCGGACUGGGCAACGCCGCUCGUUAUAGCAAACCCUACGGUCGAUGUAAGUGUACCACCUAAGCCACGUAGAACUAGCACACUCAUAAUACCCGAAAAAAGUCCAGUUGAGCCUGAGGGCCUGACUGCGCCGCCGGUGGCGUUGUCGCCAGUUCCGCAGCCCUCAAGCCCCAGUGUGACGGAAAGCGAGAAGUCGCAAACAGAGACGGAAUUAUUUCCGCAAAUUAAGAGAGUACGAAAACCCCCAGUACGCUUAGGUAUAGACGAAUUUGAU